UAUGAAGAGUGGAAGUGACAAGUGAGGAAGAAGAUCAGCGCUGACUGGCGCGUGAAGAAGGGACACGUGGCGGAUUGUAUGGAGUGGGUAACGCGGGAAUAGUGAGACUGUUCUGCUUUGUCGUGUUCCUUGUUUUCCACGUGAUUUAAUUUCCUCUCUUUUGUCUUUUUGCGUUAUAUCUGAAUGAUAUGUUUAGGCACGUUUGUUUUUAAAAACUGAAAUUUUCGUCGCGACUUCUGUUUCUAGAAUUUAAA